UGCACCGACAACGAGUCUGGACAUGGUCGACGUCGCCCACAUGGACGACGACGCGGCGAUGGCAUUCUGUGACGCGCUUCAAGCCAACACGACGCUUGACACGCUUGUGCUCAGUCGUGUUGACAACCUCAUGGGCUUCCGCGGCCGCACGCUUCCGACAUCCUUGCGGCAUUUCGAAUGGAACGCAUGCUUCCACGACCCCAACGUCGAUGAUGCAACGAUCAACCACCUGGCUAUGGCCGUGGGCCCAACAAAGCUACAUCACUUUGGCUGCAGCGUCUUUGGCAAACUUGCGCAGUGCAUGGCCGCCGCACCGAUGCUAGCCCAACUGACGUGCCUCGAAGUCCACGCGCUGCCGGCCGCCGGCGUCGAGGCACUCAUCGCUGGCUUGUCGACGGUCCCGGCGCUCACCACGCUGGGGCUUGAGCACUGCGCGAUUGCCAAGGAUGACGCGGCGGUGCAGCUCAUGGCGGCGCUUGCGACCUCGUGCACGCGUCUGAGUCGCCUCCAGUUGAAAGAACACGCCAUGUACCACGAUGGCGUCGCGGCCGUGCUGACUGGCGCACUGCGCUUGCCGCAGCUGACGUGGCUGGAUGUGUCGCCACGCUUCAAUGCCAUGGCGCUGCCAAAUCUGCUGUACAUUCUCAUGGAGCUCGUCGCUGCGGGCCGCCACGCCCGGGAGCUCCACUUGAAGACGGCGAUGCGACAAAUAACCAUCAAUGGAGACCGCUCGCCACUCGGCGACGACAAAGAGCAUAAGCGCGCUGUCUUGCGCGCACUCGCCAUGAUCCACGACCCGACGUCGAGCCCCAUGUGGUAG